CAACGUCCAUUACAGGAAUUUUGUUCCACGCGCGGGUCAAGUCCAGCAUAUAAAAUCUGUCCACGGUGAACAGCCAUGCGAAAUCCAUCUCAGGCAUCCAAAUGGUCAGGCCGCGGCGUCUCAAUCCAAUCCCCAAUGAUGGCCGUGGUUUUUGGCGGUGAUAAACUAUCGCCGACCGAUCAUAUUCUCGCUGUCAUUUUUGUCUUCAAUUACUGCCUGUCUGUUUAACCUGGAACUUUCUAGGAUGAAACUACGUUACGAAGUACGAAGUCUAGGUCCUCCCUCGUCUCCCUGCCAAACAGGAACCAUCAGUAAUUAGUGGGCAGUGCAAUGCACACCUGUGACAAGGCAAAGCCAAGAGGGAGAGCUGCAAAGCCCAGAGCCCUACAGGCACCUAGCUCGACGACCAGAGGCUCGGCGUGGCGUGGCACGGCGUAUCGGGCCUGCGGGCAUGUGGUUUACCGUUGGAGCACUCGGGUUCAGAACCCGCUUGGUGGGAUGUUUGCCCAGAAACCAAAGCGGCUUGGCUUUCUUGGAACUCCAUAUGACCGCCCCCGAAUUGCUGUAGCACCUUCUUUCAUUCCAAACACACAAAAACCCGCCCUUUCCAAUCCCCAUCUUGGCUCCUUGGACUUUUUCCGGGCAGAUCCUCAAUUGUGCAAUGGCGGCGCCUUCUGCCCGCCUACCUACCUAGGGUUUCUCGAUCGCACGUCGAUCUUAUGCCCACGAUUCCGAGUACUAGGUAAGGUAGGUAGGCAGGUACAAAAUUGCACAUUUCAAGCGACAUGCAGCAGGCAUCAAAGACGAAGACUACUCUCGCAUUCGCCCGGCAGCGAUCGGUCGUGUUUGUAGCGUCAAAUCGUUGCCGUCCAAAAUCCCCGAUAUAUAAAGAUUGGAUUUGCGCACCAAAAUGCUAGGCAUAUCUGCUCUUCUCAUAGUCUGUGCUUCACUCGGCUCAUUUGCGGCGGCAUCCGACGGGGUUGUGCAAUGGCACAUUGAAAGGCGGCAGGUUCCUACGCCAACGGCGAAACUGGCAAAACGCGUUGCGACCACCUUUGAGGAGGUCAUCCAAAAUGAGAAGUCGAGAGGCGGCUACUUUGCAAAAUGCUCCGUUGGCGGCCAGGAUGUGACUUUGCAACUAGACACGGGUUCCUCAGACCUCUGGGUCCCGGCCGAAUCCGCAUGUCAAUCUGAUCGAGUUCCCAAUGGCUGCUCUCUCGGAUCUUUCAAGAAGGACCUAUCGUCCUCCUUCAAAGUGACGGGAAAGGACCAGUUCAGUAUUCAGUAUAUCGAUGGAUCAUUCGCCCGAGGCGACUAUUUCACCGAUGCAUUCUCCAUCGGCGGCGUUAGAGUGAUCAACCUCACCAUGGGACUUGGGAAACAAACAGAUAUACCCUAUGGCCUGGCCGGGGUUGGUUACGCCUUGAACGAAGCAAUCGUUGGGGGUAACAGCUCCAACUUUACAACAUAUCCAAACCUGCCGGCAACGAUGCUGAACGACGGCCUGAUAAAUACCAAUGCCUUUAGCCUUUGGCUAAACAACUUGGAUGCAAGCACUGGGAGAAUCCUGUUUGGGGGCGUUGAUGUUGCAAAGUUCAAGGGAGGCAUGGCAAGGAUUCGCAUUUACGAAGAUGUCUUCAGCCAGGAAUAUAUGUCGUUUACAGUGGCUCUGACCUCGCUGGAGGCGCACAGUGGAAGUGGCCAAGACACUCUUACCUCGCGCUCGUUUCCGAUACCUGUGGUCCUCGACUCCGGUACCACCCUCUCCUAUCUACCGAACGAUCUCGCCGUCCAAACAUGGACGGAGGUCGGCGCACUAUACAGUGCAGAGUACGGCCAAGCGCUGCUCCCGUGCGCAAUGGAGGACAGCAAAGGAUAUUUUGUGUUUGGCUUCGCAGGUCCCGACGGACCCAAGAUUCAAGUUGAGAUGAAGGAGCUUGUUUUGGACCUAACAAAUGGGCCGGCCCCGAAAUUCACCAAUGGCAAAUAUCAAGGCCAGGAUGCAUGCACCUUUGGGAUUCAGAACUUCACCGGCCAGACCAUGGUUCUGGGUGACACGUUCCUCAGGUCUGCAUAUGUUGUCUACGACCUGGUCAACCAUGAAAUUGGUAUCGCGCAGACUGAUUUCAACUCGACAACUUCAGAAAUCAUCGCUUUUCCAAGCAGCGGCGCCCCUAUCCCAUCCGCAACUCUGGCACCGAAUCAGGAUCAGGCCGUGGUCAAACCGCAGGUGACAAUACCUGCAUUCAACGCACAACCAGGCUUUAGAGAGGGUGUGAGCCAGGCGACCCCGCUACUGAAGCCGUUGAACAAGACACACAUCCUAUUGAUGUGCGCGGCAAUAGCCCUGAUAAUGUCAGGUUGAUGACAUUGCGGGUUGUUCCCCUUGAUUUUUCUCUAGCAUUAUAUUAGUAUUAAUAUCACUUUAACUCUCAGAAUUACCAUGUCACCCGCGCAAUCCCUUAUUCUGCUGCAGAUAUGUAGGUAGUUUAAACCACUUAUCGGUUGAAUUUAGGUCGUAUUUCAGUUAAUAUAGCUCCUGUAUCCCGUC